GAAAGGGAGAGGGCAAUGGAGAGGGAGAGAGAGUGGCAAGCGGAGAGGGAGAGGGAAAGAGAGAGGCAGGGGGAGGAGCGGGUGCCUGGAAAGGGGGAGGGAAGGCAGGAGGAGGCCAGUUACAAGGGGGAACAGGUUGACCUGUCAUUCAGUGUCAGGAAUAGAAAAGGGCCUGCAAGCCGCAACGCAGCUCCCACAAGCAGAGAGAGUCGACAGGGAAUGCCAGCAGCGCGCUCCUAUUCAGAGAGCCUGCUCACCACCAGACUACAGCAGAUACAACAGCUACAACAGCAACAAAACGGUAUACUGCACAGAGCUGCACACAGCUCCCAGCCAGAGACAGCCAGAGGAGGUGGACCGGGACCCACCAAGAAGGUUCAGCCCCAGCCCAAGUACAAGCCUGCGAUACCCCAGCUCGGGAGCUCCGUUCCUGGAUGCGUCUCAGUCGACGGCCCCAGCUCCAUUAUGGGCAGCAAGCUGGAUGAGGAGGACAACGAGGUGAAGUGGUUCAGUGACGUGGCCUUCCGCAGCCUGUCCUCUGGAUCCCCUCAGGUGGACUACCUGGACAUGUACAACUCCAGCCAGGACAGCCCAGCACGGGCUAAUGCAGCCUUGCUGGCCUACGCCGACCUAAGAGGGUUUGCUCCACGGCUGGAUAAUGAAGAUUUCCCAGUUCCACGCCAGCAGCAGCAGCCCUCCUCUGGGGCUUAUUAUCCACCCCAUGAUGACCUGGACCCAUCCAAAAAAUAUGAGAUGGGCAGCUUCGAGUGUGUGGACGUGGCUGUGGAGAGAGAGGAGCCCAAGAAGGUGCGGAGAGGAGUGCCCAAGAGACAGAUCCAGCUGAAGAGAAGGAAUACGGCCGAGCUGAAGAUGGGUGAGAACAGCAAUGGUAGUCCUGUCAUGGUUCCUAGUCUUGUAAUGGUUCCUGUGGUUCCUGUGGCUUCUAUUGUUCCGAUGGACAGUCUUUCUCUACAGAGACACAACAGAGAGACAUUGCAGAGACAACACAGCACUCCAACGGCCUUGCAGGAAGCCUACUGCCCGGAACCCAGCCCUGAACCUGCCACCGAGAGGACUGAUCAGACCAAGAGGAAUGGCAAGCUCCAGAAGUCUUUGUCCCUGGACGAGACAUGUACCAAAACCAAGAUGGCCACCUGCCUGAUCAACAACAUUCUCUCCAAGAAGAUGCAGAAUGUUGGUAAACAAACUGGCCAGGAAGGAGAAGGAGCUGACCUCAGCCCCUCUGAGGACAAAACCCCUUCUCCCCCUGAGAGUGAGGCGUCAACCCUUAAAGAGUCCACAAAACCAGAGACACCGAAUUUGAGUUCCAGCAUAAAUUCAGAUGAUAGUUUUUCUUCUGAGCACCUGGCUGUGAGAAUAGAGACCAGCCCAAACACUGACGUAAACAGACAACAGAGAUGUUUCGGAGUGAAAUCCAGUGUUAGACCAAUGAACCAUACUAUUAAUACUAACUCCACUUCUCUACAGCGAAACAACGAGAGGCCUGAACCUAUCAGCACAACCCCUGAGAUGAGUCCCGACACACAUUUUGCUCCAGUUACCUUUCCUCUGAGAAACAUUGAGAGAAUUGAAUCUCACAGCAACAGAAGACCUAACCAUGUUAGCCCUUGGAUGAGGUCUGAGCCCCCUACUACUAGUUGUCCUCAGAGAAACAGCGACAGAACUGAAUCUCCUGCCAGAAACCCAAACUCUUGGAGAACUGACCCGGUCAAACCAGAGAUGAGGUCUAAACUGGUGUUCCCGUUUGAGAGUAAAAAACCCACAGAGAAAGAUGCCAGGAUGGGGGGUAAGCAGACACAUGACAGUAAAUGGAGGGAUGAGUGGGAUGACAGUAAACGGAGGGAUGAGAGGGAUGACAGUAAAUGGAGGGAUGAGAGGGAUGACAAACAGGCAGGUGACUCAGCAGAUGCAGCUGCCCGGAACACCAGCGUUCCCGCUGCCAUCCGAGCCAGCAGCACGCAGGCAGGAAUGACAAACACAAAGCUGGAAUACCCCUCUGACUCUGAAAACCAUAAACAUCCGUGCGUCAAGAGCACCUACAUGUCCAAAACACCAGAGAUCACUCUGGAACCCAGCUCUGUUACAGAGAUAAAGAAAACCUCGUCUCUCAACAUCUCACUGUUGCCCGAGAUGGAAAUUAAACCUGAGGGUAACCACGAGACUGCCUCCCCUGGGAGGACCUGUCAGAGAGAAACAACAGAAGAAGACAGGAGAGUGGAGACUUCGCAUAGAGAAACCAGAGAAGAAGACAGGAGAAUAGGGACUUCACAUAGAGAAACAAGAGAAGAAGAGAAGGGUGUGAAUACCUUGAACAAGAUGAAUGAACAGACUGUGAAUAUGGAUGCCAAUAGGAACAGUAAAGCCAAAGCUCCCGUGCACAAAGUGAGAGAUGUGAGAAGGCUGGUGAAAAACACAUACAACCUUUCGUUCAAGGCCAAGCCAGCACCAGAGAAGGAGGAGAGGGGGGAGGAGAGGAGAGAGGAACAGAGACAGGAAAGGAGGGAGGAGAGAAAAGAGGAAAGGAGGGAGGAAAGGAGGGAAGAGAAGAAAGAUGACAGAGUGGAAAGGAAAGAGGGGAAGUGUGAAGAGAUAAUAGUAAGGAGAGAAGAGAGGAAAGAUGAAAAGCUACCACCUCACCUAAUAUCUCUCCAGGAAGAUGAAAAGCUCCCACCUCACCUAAUAUCUCUCCAGAAAGAGGAAAAGCUCCCACCUCACCUAAUAUCUCUCCAGAAAGAGGAAAAGCUCCCACCUCACCUAAUAUCUCUCCAGAAAGAGGAAAAGCUCCCACCUCACCUAAUAUCUCUCCAGGAAGAUGAAAAGCUCCCACCGCACCUAAUAUCUCUCCAGAAAGAGGGAAAGCUCCCACCUCACCUAAUAUCUCUCCAGGAAGAGGAAAAGCUCCCACCUCACCUAAUAUCUCUCCAGGAAGAGGAAAAGCUCCCACCUCACCUAAUAUCUCUCCAGGAAGAGGAAAAGCUCCCACCUCACCUAAUAUCUCUCCAGAAAGAGGAAAAGCUCCCACCUUACCCAAUAUCUCUCCAGAAAGAGGAAAAGUCGAUGCAGAUAGAAUACAAAGCUAUCAGCUGGAGAGAAAACAAAAACAAAACAACGUCCAACAAAACAGACAGAGAAACGUCUAGAGGCAAACCUAAGACUGAUUCUUUACAGCAGGUGUCCAAAGGACCCCGGGACCUCUCUGAUGUAACACCUAAGAGUUGCGCAACAGAGGAAGUAGCUGUGACAGAGACAGAGUCAAACCAACACAAGACCCCUGUACAGGACACUGUCAAAACAGAAACAGGCAACACCAAGGUGAAACCCAGUGAAACAGAGUCACCGAGAGUAACCAGGAGACACCGAAGUAUAUCAGAGUCUAGUGACAAACCUGAAGUAGUGAGAAGAGAUACCAAGCCACCUAUGCUGGGGAGCAGCCCUAAACUCCCCAGUAAAGACAGAAGAGUGUCUAGUGCUUCUCUGGUGCUACAGGAUGGAUCCAAUAAGCCCAAGUCAUUCUCAGCCUUAGUUCCUGCCUGCUCCCCAGCUCCAACCCUGGCCUCCUCACCCUCACCUGGUCCCAAAGCUUCGCCAGCCCCAGCUCCAACCCUGGCCUCCUCACCCUCACCUGGUCCCAAAGCUUCGCCAGCCCCAGCUCCAACCCUGGCCUCCUCACCCUCACCUGGUCCCAAAGCUUCGCCAGCCCCAGCUCCAACCCUGGCCUCCUCACCCUCACCUGGUCCCAAAGCUUCGCCAGCCCCAGCUUCUCCUCCAGCACCAACCUCAUCCCCAGUUCUAGGCACUCCACCUUCCACUGUCCCCAUCAAGACCCCUACCCCCAGCCACUCUGUGUCCAUACUGGUCAAGGAGAAGGGCUACCAGGCAGAUAUUGGGUCUUUGGUCUCUGAGGCUGUGUCAGAGACCAUAACAAGGAGUGGUCGUGAAGAAGUGGGUGGAGGUGGAGGUGGGGGUGGAGAUGGAGGCGUCCCAGGGAAACAUAUCAACCGAAUAGAGAUCCCUCUUCAGACCCGUGGACCCUCAGAUGGGGGUACGAGUGACUCACACAGCCAGAGAACUUACUCGUCCUCUUCUACAUCCUAUGUGAAAGCAGCCUCAUCCGUAUCAUCCUCAAGCACUGUGAAAGAAACCUCAUCCUUCUCCUCGACCUCUGUCAAUGCAUCAACCUCCGCAUCAUCUUCUGUGAAUGCAUCAACCGCAGCCUCAUCCUUUUCCUCAUCUUCCGUCAAUGCAUCAGCCUCUUCCUCUCAUACCCAUUCAGCCCCAAAUUCUCCCAGGCUUCGAAGAGACUCUGCUCAAACGGAUAACAGCAUUAGGACCCCUUCGAAUCAGGAGAGGGUUAGUGUCAGAGCUACGGUCAGAGACAUAGAACAACGCACGACAUCAUCACCACCACCCUCACAGAAGAAAACACAGGAAGACAUUGCUGAAAAAGAGACGGUGAAGAAAUCAACCUACUCACCUAAGUUACCAGGCUCGCUACCAGGCUCACCAGCACUGAUGAGAAGAUACCGACCACAAGUGAUCGAGGUGAGGUCGUUGUCCAAAGAAAUACAUAAACAAGAUAAACAAGAGAAGAACACCACAUCAAGCACCAGACCGCAAACUAUAGAGGUUCAUUCAAAAGCCAGCGGUCCGCCAGUGGCACUGAAACCAAAGUUCAGACCGACAGAUGCAAAUUCACUGUCCAAUGAAACACAGCAGAAACCAGUGGAGGCAGCAACAUCAACCUUCAAACAGCACACAGAAGAGGAGAGACCUGUGAACAAUGAGAAACCAUCAACUUCAGCUACGACUAUCCACAGACAUCUAUCGAACGAUUUGACCCCAGCGUCUAACUACAAUAAAAAGUUAUCCGUUUCUGCAGUGUCCAGCUACAGGCCUCCACCUACCAAGACAACAAUCAUCACUAGUUUCUCUCACAAACCAGUGUCAACAACAGAAGACACAGAGACAUCCGAUGAAAGGCCAAAGCAACCAGAGGCCUCAACCCAGGGACAAGGAGAGGCCCCCAGCUACACACAGAGACCCACAACCCUCACAGUCUCAGCCCCAACUCCAGCUUCAGCCCCAGCUCCGAACCAAGCCCCUGCUGCCCCAGCUCCUGCCAAAGUUCCUACCCAAACCCCUGCCCAAGUCCCUACCCAUGCCCCUGCCCAAGUCCCUACCCAUGCCCCUGCUGCCCCAGCUCCUGCCAAAGUUCCUACCCAAACCCCUGCCCAAGUCCCUACCCAUGUCCCUGCCCAAGUCCCUACCCAUGCCCCUGCCCAAGUCCCUACCCAUGCCCCUGCCCAAGUCCCUACCCAUGCCCCUGCCCAAGUCCCUACCCAUUCCCCUGCCGUACACUCAAGCCAGUCAGCUGUUGUGGAUAUAACCAACCACCUGCAGCAUCCAAAAACAACAACAGCGUACCCUCAGGAGCAAACUAUGCCGGUUACCUUCAACAAUACAAACCAACCUGCCACGGUAUCCACAAACACACAGGCUCCCGUAUACACACACCAUAUACACACACAGCAGCCCAUAUACAGAUCCUUGUCCAGUGACCGCUCACAGAGGGCAGAUGACCUGCGUUUCUACGCAUCAGAUGACCCCCCUAGUUACGACGAGAGGGAGAGGUUCAGCCCCCUCCACCUACCUGACCUGCCCCAGAGGAAGCUGAACUGCUACCACCCCUCCUCUUCCUUGUCCUCUGCCUCCUCCCGUCCCCCUCCCUGCUCCUGCACCUGUGGCUGCCCCUCCCACGGCCUUACACCCCCUCACCACCACCACUCCCCCCACACCCCUCCCUUCCUCUCCCCCUCCCACUCCCCCGGUCAACCCCCUCUCCGCCUACACCAGUGCAGAGCGGAUCCCCAUUCUCUGAGAUCAAUCGGCUACCAGCCCAGCUCUCCCAAAUCAUCCACCCUCCCCAGCCCCACCCAGCCCCCUCCAGGCAUGUACCAGUCCCUCCACCAACCCCACCCCUCCAUACUCCAGCCCUGCCUGGCUGACCGCACUCUCCAGCACCCCCAACACAUGGAACCCCGUCGGGCCCCCCCUCUCCACCGCUCCCCCCAGGGCCAGCCACCUGUCUCCGGGGUCCCCUACAGUGACCACAGCCACUCUCCCAACCUGCCCCCUAUGGACCCUCAGUACCUGUGCAGCCCACAGAGCCUGGGGCCAUCCUAUGGGUCUGAUUAUGGGAGUCUGUCUGGGUCUGACUACCCAGACAGUACAGGGGGUCUGGGGUACGGGCAAUCCCCUCGCAGGGUCCUCAUGGAUCCUGACACAGGGAAGUAUUUCUAUAUUGAGGUGCCUGUGCAGCCACUGAGGAAGAUGCUGUUUGAUCCAGAGACUGGCCAGUAUGUGGAGGUGCUCAUCCCUCAGAGUACCAUGUCUCACUCAGGCCUUUACCCUCCCUUGGCUGCCCCCUACUCCACCGCCUCAGCGGCCCCCUACUCCUCCAUCCACAACCCCAAUAUAUAUGCCCCCGCCCCCAGUACCUCCCCUAUAGCCCCCCUCCUCCUGCACCUCACCCCCAGUCCCAGCCCCAGCCACCCCGCCACCCAGAGGCUCCAGCCCCAGGGACGAUGCGCCAGAAUGGGGCUCAGGUUGGCUACGGGAGCCCCGGGAGCCAGGGGUUCAAGCCGGAGCCCCAGAGUCAUGCACCUCUGGACCAGAGCUACCUGGAGAGCAUGUACUACGUCCCUACAGGCAUGAACACUAGCCCCCCGGACUGCUACCACAAACAACCCUCCAGUCUGCCCAACGCGGGGGGGAAGAGGGCCUGAAAUAGUCAUCUUCCUGGUGCCUGUAGGGUCUCAGAAUACAGCCAGGUCAGGGUGUACAUGAGGAGGUCUAAUGUAAGCCUCAGGCCUUGAUGUUAGCUUUGUUUCCCUGGCAACUGGACUGGAGUGAAUGAUUCUUUAGUUGUGGUUGUUUGUUGUUUUAUUGUUUUGUUGUUUAUGUUGUUAGCAGCUUUUUAUUUGCCUGGUUGCCUGAUUAUGUUCGCUUUUUAUGCAUUGAUUUGGUAAGAGAAAAAAACUAUUAUCGUGUUUGAAGGUCCUUGAUGAUAGUUCUGGGAUUUCUAAUUAUAUUUUUCUUUGACAAAAACACCUGAAAGCCAUCAGGUGUGCCUUAUCCAUUCUCAUAGAUUAUUCAUUCAAUCUAAACAAACACUUACUGUUUGCAUUUACACUACGUUUAGAUACAUGUUUCAAUGCAUACGUCAAAUUUUUGAAGUAAAUUCACCUUGUAUUAAAACCAAUAUCUCCUAAAGACUUGAAACUGCUAUUUGGGAAGAUCUCAUGUAUGUGAUGUUUUUCUCUGUUUAUUAUUGAAUGAAUAGGUUUUGUUCACAAAGAAGCUGCAAUGACACUAAUAAAAAUGUGUAAGAUACUGAAUGUAAUAAAACUACUGUAGAAUGCC